UUUUGUGACUGAGAUUUUAUCACAGGGAGGGAGUUUUAAGAACACCCUUCCCGAGAUAAAAUCACAGUAUUGCACGGCCUCUCGUGGCUUAUUGCUUUAUUAGAUGUGCACUUUUCAUAGUUGCAUUCACAAUCACGUGGAUUUUCAGUUGUUUUGUUUAAAUAUGCAUUACACCAUGAGACCAAAAGACUUAUAUAAUAUAUAGUAUAAUAUAUUAAAUGAAUGAAUUUAAUGUAAGUGAUAAAGCCUCAUUUUUUAGCUACAUGGUUUGAAAAAUGAGGCAAGCACAACUAACAUGGACUGAUAUGAUAUCUCAGAUAUGGGCACUGAAUGGACACUCAUUGACACUGGGUUAAGUUUUCCAAAAAAUACAUGUGGCACCAGUUAUGGCUGCACAUCUACAUAUUUCAACAAAAUCUCUUUUAUUAAAAAUCACUGCAGCCUGUGAUUCACCAAAAGCCAGGUGCUUUCUGGGGCAAGUUUCACUUCCAUCAGAAAACUGCGUUUAGAAGUGAAACUCGUCCUGUAAACGUUGCUGUAGCCUCCCUGUACAGUGAAUCACUCCUCAUACGUUCACAACACUCUGCUUUAAUCACUACGCUCAGGUGUUACGCAAGAGUGUGAUUCAUAAACGGCAUUUAAUUUCCUUGAACCUUGUCAGGGAAGAAAAUACGCUGCGUGUGAUGUCAGCUACGCAUUGCCAAACGAGGUGAACGCAAACGGAUGGUUGAGCUGAAUGGCUAUGCUACAGCACAGGGGUAAAAGAACAGUCACCUGAGCUGAGCCGAACAUUAUAUCUGAGCUCAGAGACGGUACAGAGUGCACUAUACAAAGCCCUGUUGACAAUCCACACCCAUAACCCUCCUCCCCCCACCAGACUCAUUCGUCCGCCCCAAACCUCCACAAGCGCCACCUCUAAAACUCUAACUCACUACGCUACACUAGCUCACGUCCUUCAGCUCAGUGUGGAGAGCCGGUGAAGCCUGGCGAUGGCAACUAUGUGGAGCGCCCUGUGUCAACGUUUGUGAGCAAAUGCAACAAAUCACUUGAACUCGCCCGAGUGUUUUCUUUCUUCUUGUGUGAUCUGCGCAAGAUGGCUAAUCUGAGUGAAUGCCACUAUAACAAGUCUAUGGGCUUCUUCUACAACAACAGCAACCAGACAAAUGAUGGCUGGGAGUCCAAACAGCUUAUCGCGGUUCAGAGUGUUGGGUCUAUCUUCUGCUGUUUCAUCCUGGUGUCCAACGCCAUGGUCAUCGCAGCCGUCAUCACAAACAGGAGGUUUCACUACCCAUUCUAUUACCUCCUGGCCAACCUCGCAGCCUCAGACUUUCUUGCUGGAAUCGCAUAUGUGUAUCUCAUGUUCAACACUGGUGAUGUAUCCCGGACUUUGACUGUGCAAAGUUACUUCAUUCGCCAGGGCUUGCUGGACACAAGCCUCUCAGCCUCCCUCACAAAUCUCCUGGUGAUUGCCCUGGAGCGCUACAUUUCAGUCAUGAACUGGAAAGUUCACAGUAACCUCACUAAGCGGCGGGUGACCCUCCUGAUCGUGCUGGUGUGGGCCAUCUCCAUAUUUAUGGGGACUGUGCCAAGUCUGGGGUGGAACUGUAUGUGUAAUCUAAAGCAGUGCUCCACACUAGCACCCAUUUUCAGCAGGAGCUACCUGAUCUUCUGGUCUGUGUCCAACCUGGUUAUUUUCCUGAUAAUGGUGUCCAUAUAUUUGAGGAUAUAUCUCUAUGUAAGGAAGAAAACAUCAGUCUUAAAAUCCCACACAAGUGGAUCUAUGAACCGCAAGAGGACACCAAUCAAGCUCAUUAAAACAGUGAUGACUGUGCUGGGAGCGUUUGUGAUCUGCUGGACACCUGGCCUGGUGGUGCUGCUCCUGGAUGGCUUAGAAUGUAAGAAAUGCAACGUACUGAAGUUCAAACGCUGGUUGCUUCUUCUGGCCGUCCUCAACUCGGUCAUGAACCCCAUCAUCUACUCCUACAAGGACGAAGAGAUGUGGACCACCUUUAAAAACCUUAUGCGCUGCGUCUGCAAUGGCACCCGCCGUCAGAGGUCAUCCAGGGCCAACACCCGCACUACCAACUCAAGUCCAGAGACAAGUAAUAGUCUGCGACUGUCAGAGGAGAAAAAGACGUCUACUCAGGAUAUGCUGAAGACUUAAGGACUUUGAUUUGUUGUGUGGUUGCAUAUAAGAGCAUGACUGAUUCUUUAUAUACAACUUUCUUGAACAUUGUAGCAUGGUCAGUGUAGUGCAGAAAGCCCACUGGAUCUUCAGACUGAUGUUUCAUAUUAGCAUGAGACUUAUCAUUCAACCUUGUGGGAUUUGUCUGAAAGUAGAGAUCAAUGCAUUUCUAGGGCUGUCCCGAAUACCGUUUUUGGGCUCCGGAGCUUCGGCAGUAAUCAACAGCGAAUAUUCGAUGGGAGGAGGGGGUUUGGGUGCAGAUAAAGUCAUUCAGAAAACCUGGGUCCUAUGCUCAUUUUGAAAACACAUCUGCGGCUUCAACCACUAUAAAAUCCGAAUCUCCAAACUAGCUACUUUCCCCACAGCGCAGCUUUAGAUAGUUUACCAGGCCCAUCAGCCUCUUUCAGCAGUGGGCUGGAGGUAAUAGCACAGUGCAUGCACGGGUUAACCAGCGCUUUACGGAUGUGGUCUAACUCAAGGUUUAAGGGGGAAUACAUCGCAGCCCUAGUAAGGGUCUGUGAGUGAGCAGGAUGCCAGGUGACUGAGCUGAGAUGGUAUAUAUUUCCACAUUUUAACAGUGCAAUUAAAAAGUAUAAAUGUAGUACAAGUGCUGACAAAAUGUAUAGUGGCGUUGUAAGUAGUUCAGUUUUUUAAAAGAGAGCAAAAUGUUUCUGCUGGACUACUUUAGGUUCAUUUAUACAAGGACUUUUAUGUUGAAGAGCCUGAAUAUGAGUAGAGUGGUGUGUUUUCCAGAGUAGAGCAGAGGGAUGUGUUUUUUGCUAGAAAGGCUGUGUUUCUUCUCGGUUGGUGCUGUUUUCAGUGAAUUAAAAAUAAAGCUGCGUUAUGGACCAUGAUCUUGAGUCAUCCGAGUUUCUCCACAGAACCCCGAACACUGCAGAAUUUUGCAGGUCGCCUUUAUUGAUAGCAUAUAUUUUAAACAAAACAAAACAAGAAGAAUAUCUGAAUGUCAAAAAUUCCAACGAACGAAUAUCUAAAUAGCCGAAGAUUCGGGUCCAGCCCAACGCAUUUCUUUCUGUUUUACCUCAAAUGUUUGUUGUUUUUGUUACUGUAACUAUCAGAUUUGUUUUUACAUUUUAUAGAAUGCUUCUACAAUAUCCCUGCAAUAUAAUGCAAUGGAAAAAGGAAUUUAUGCAUAUCUGUUGAUUGCUUUUAUAUCUGUACAGUACUGAAUUUUAAUUAAGUCCUAAGCUUGAACUAAAUGACAGAGUUUUAGUUAUUUCACACAGCAAGGUGCUUUAAAUCAGUCAAGGCUGGUUUCCCAGACGAGGAUCAAGUCUAGUCUUGGACUAAAUUGCUGUGAAUCAUCAUUGGAAAUGCUUUUAGUUUUUAGGCCUAAUCUGGGCCUUGGAAACUGGCUCUUUGUAACAUAAUCUGAUAUGUAUAUGUAUUGUUCUUUUUUUAGCAAAAGAAGUCUAGCACUGUAUAUAUAUAUAUAUAUAUUGCUGAGCAAAUGAAAUUUAGAAAUGCCCAGAACUGUGUGGUUUUACAAUUGUAUUUUAUUUUAAUCAUUUUCUAUAAUAUAGCUAUAAA